CCUCAUGGGCGCGGGUUCUCCUCUGUACGUUGGCUAAAGGGAUCUUGGCUCGACCUCGACCUUCCUUCCGCGUUGCCCGCGCGGGUUGGAAAGCCAGGCUCGUAUUGGCGGAUGUUUUGCUUCCAGGUUUCUUUUUGGGACUUGGGCUGGGUUUGGUCUCCAUCUUCUGGAAGGAAAACCGAUUGUGAAGUUGCGAAGUGGUCGGUGUACACGUUUGUUGUUUAAAAGUUGCGUGUUCGAGCCUGGUCGUCACUGUUUGCCUUCGCUUUUCUCAAGAGUGAAUUUCUGACCACUAAAUAUCUGAACAUGGCAAGUAAGAAACUGAGAAGAGCAGGUUUACCACAGGAUCUCUGUGAGAGACUAAGUCGACAUCAGAUCACUACUUGUCAGGAUGUUUUAUGUCUCUCGCUUCUGGAACUAAUGAAGGUGACUGGACAGAGUUACUGGAAAGUGAAGAAACUUCUUAAUACAAUCAGCCGAUCCUGUGCUCCUAAGAUGCAAACUGUUUAUGAAAUGAAAAUUAAAAGAACCAUCAAUCCAUCAUCAGCCUUCUUACCAACAACACUGGAAGAUCUGGAUAGAAUUUUGUAUGGUGGAAUUGCUUGCGGAUCUCUAACAGAGAUUACUGGCCCACCGGGUUGUGGGAAAACUCAGUUUUGUAUCAUGAUGAGUUUGCUGGCCACAUUGCCCACUAGCAUGGGAGGAUUAGAUGGAGCUGUUGUAUACAUUGAUACAGAAUCUGCAUUCAGUGCUGAAAGGCUUAUUGAGAUAGCACAGCACCGUUUCCCUCAUUAUUUUGCCUCAGAAGAAAACCUGGUGUUAAUGCCCAAUAGAAUACAUCUCUAUCGGGAACUCAGCUGUGAUAGUGUGCUUAAAAGGAUUGAAUCUUUAGAAGAAGAAAUUAUUUCUAAGAACGUUAAACUAGUAGUAAUUGACUCCAUAGCUUCUGUAGUCAGAAAGGAGUUUGAUGUAAAACUUCAAGGCAACCUGAAGGAAAGAAGUAAUUUAUUGACUAAAGAGGCAUCAAUAUUGAAGUUCUUGGCUGAAGAGUUUUCAAUACCAAUUUCUAGAUGACCCUGGAUACUGGUAU